UCAUCUUUAGACAUGAAAAAAUAGAUUUUUGAUCUUCGCUUUUUUAAAACAUGUACUUUUCAGAAGAGUUUAACAUCUCCACUUAGGUGGACAACUGGUUGACCAGUGUGCGGCAGGGUACGGAGUUACACAUCAGUGUCCAAUGUAGUGGUUUAUGUUGAAGUGUACCAUCAAUAGCUGACCACUGUAGUGACACUGUGCCUGAAAGGGUUAAACAGAAAUAUAAAAACGUCAUAAAUUAGCCUUGCAAUCAAUCGGACUAUGUCAAAGUAGCGAUAUAUAACAUGUCCCGAUUCACAAGUGAUGUACCCUAAACAACAACAUGUGUAACAUGUUCCUGUUUUUUUACAACAGUAUUCAUGGAAAACUAGCAACUUCUUUGUCCACAUUUCAUGUUUUCAUGUGCUCUCUUUUUAUAUCAUUUGCAAGUUGUUUGCAUGUUUCCCUCCAUCCUAUAUGUUACUCCAUUUCCUGGAAACAGAUUCAAUUCUGUAAUCUUGAUAAAACAGUAUACUUAUAAUCGUGAUCAAACAUUUAACAGUACAAUAUUAAAAACAUCAACAAAGUCAAAUGCAAGGAAUCUUUCUUUAGCCUUCUGUCUCAGCUGAAAGAAGACAAAGAUGAAGACGAAGCUGACUUUAAAUUGCAGUUGUUUUAUUUGGGUUUUCUCUACUUCAUUCUACUUUUACAGAGUAAUUAUUUAGUGUCUGUGGCUGAACUUCAACACACAAUGGCAGAAAAACCCUUGAUAGACUGGGACAGUGGUCUCUUGGAUUGCUUUGAGGACGCGAGUACUUGCUGCUAUGGUUUUUGGUGCGGCCCCUGCCUCACCCUAACUGUCGCAGGAAGGUUUGGAGAGAACAAUCUUCUCCCUUUAUUUGAUUUAAUGUUUGCUCCUUCAUUCUAUGGGAUCCCUACUUGUCCACCUCCUGCAGUUUUAUCUAUAAGGGCUGCCAUGCGAAACAGAUAUGGCAUCAAGGGCUCUCUCCUUAACGAUAUUGUAAUUUCCAGUUUCUGCGCCACGUGCUCCUGGUGUCAGAUGCAUCGUGAGUUAAAGCAUCGUAAGCAAGCCCCCACUGUCAUCAACAUACAGAAUAACAACAUUGUGAACAUGCAGCCUUUUCCAGUCAUGCAGGCACCCAUGAUGAUGAUGCCUGUACAACCAGUGCCAGCUGCUUAUAUGGCUCAACCAGCAGUCACUGUGAUCACACAGUGACGAAAUCUGAGUUUGUGUUGAUGUUUCUAUCAGUGAUACGAGACAAUGAAGUCAUUUUGAAUUGAGAGUAUCGUUAAAUAUUUCUAUCAGCUUCAA